UCCAAUCUCGUCUGGUAGGCAGGUAGAUCCAAUCUCGUCUUGGCCCUCUCUUCAUUUGUAUCCAACCUAGAAACUUACCUGCGUACCUGAAGUUCUUCCAGAAAUGGAUGAUGACCAAGCACUUGAAUUUGAAGCACUGGAGGGCAUACUGAGUGAUCCAAGUGCAGAGCCGAUCAGGCUAUCUUAUGGACUUAUGAAAUUCAUCACAGAAAACUUUUCAAAUGAAAUUGGUCGUGGUGCAUUUGGAGUUGUUUAUAAGGGAGAAUUGCAAAAUGGGGUGGUUGCUGUGAAGAUGUCCAACGCGUAUAGUGUUACUGAUAAGCAAUUCAUGGAUGAGGUCAAGUGUUUAAAGAGUGCAAAUCACAAGAAUAUAGUAAGAUUUCUAGGCUAUUGUGCAGAUACAAAAGAGGAAAUCAUGCCAUUGGAUGGAACAUUUGUGAUGGCAGGGGAACGGUAUAGGUUGCUUUGUUUUGAGUAUGUUCCUGAAGGAAACAUUCGGGAAUAUCUUCAACAAGAGAAAGCUCAAGGAGACGACUGGUCUGUCCGCUACAAUAUGAUUAGGGGAAUUUCUCAGGGUUUGCACUUUCUACACGACAAGCAAAUUAAUCAUCUAGACUUGAAAACAGAAAAUAUUAUGUUGGAUGCUGAGAUGGAACCAAAAAUUACCGAUUUUGGUUUAUCAAGAUUCUUAGGUCAAGGUCAAUCCAAGAUGAUUACUCAACACGUAGUCGGAACAUUGCGAUAUAUUGCACCAGAAAUCAUAGAUGAAGGAGAAAUAUCAUUCAAAUCGGACAUAUAUGCUCUGGGCAUCAUUAUCAUAGAACUUUUAACUGGGAUCAGCAUGAUAAGUCUUGAGAAUUGGGAGGAAUCAUUAUUCAUCGUGGACUGCCCGCGAGCGAGGAGGUGCACUGAAAUAGCUCGAAACUGUGCGGACCGCAACAAACAUAAUAGACCUACAGUGCGUGAAAUAAUUAGUGACCUAGAAGAGCUGGAGAGUGUGAUUCCACGGUCUUCCGUAAACCAAAUCUAUCAAGUCCUAUGACAUUCUGCGUGAACCUCUAAAGAUUGCAUUUACAGGUUCAGGAAGGCUCGUGGUCGUAUACGGCCGUGGAAUUUCAGUACUGGAUAUUGAUAUGGAUAUUGGAAUUGGAGUUGGAUCGCAGUGAUGCCUACACAAAGUGUUCCCGGCUGACUAUAUAUAUCACUGGUCAAAGUUCCAUUUUAUUAUCAAAAACUACUUCAUGUUAGCAAAUAAUUCGCUCAGACAGGGUCUCCUCAGUUAAAGCGAACAGAGAAGAGUGAUACUAGUAGGCGGUCAACAGAGAUAAAUUCAAAUUUUGUUAAGUGCCGACUUCCAUGAACUUCCGUACUACUCCAUUUGAGCACUGGAGUAAUUCGAUAAUUCCUUGUACACCAAAGUAGCUUCUUACCCAUCUCUGUCUCUCUCUUGUUACCUCACUGCCGCACUGGCAAUCUGGCAGGCCAGCAAAGCCAUGCGACCCAGAAGCCUUUUUUUU